AUGGGAUCUCUCAAUAUUGACAGGCACAUUAUCAAGCUUCCAGUGACGCCGAUAGUUGUCGAUGAGAGGGUUGAUGUUCAAAAGAUCACCCAAACCUGGCUUACAGAUCUUGAAGCUCUCCUUUUGAACAAUCACUGGUCUUCUUUAAAAACUUUAUUUCAUGAUGAAUCUUGGUGGCGAGACAUGUUGGCAAUGGAUUGGGAAUUCCACACUCUGAAGGGUGAAGACAAGAUUCAAACGUUUCUCAGUGUACAUCAAAAGCGAUCCCAACUUCAUUGUCUACGACUUGUGGAAAAAGGUUCAAUCAAGCCCAGACUCGAGACACCUGUUGAAAGCAUGACAUGGAUAACCGCCAUGUUCUCGUUCCAAUCACAGGCUGGACGAGGUCGAGGUGUCAUUUAUCUGACUCCAGAAGCUGUCAAUCCACAAAUAUGGAAGGCUUAUGCGGUCUAUACCAGUCUACAAGAGCUUAAGGGUCAUGAAGAGAGAAUCGGGCCCAAAAGAGAGAUAGGGACAAUGGAGACCAUGCCUGGGGGUGUCAAAGGAGGAACAUGGCGAGAGCGCCGACAAAAGGCGAUCGAGGUUCAGAAUGGCGAAAUGACUGUCUUGAUCAUUGGAGCAGGACAGGCCGGAUUGAACUUGGGUGCGCGUCUGAGGUCGGUUGGGAUCUCUUGUUUGCUUGUUGAAAAGAACGAGCGCGUCGGAGACAACUGGAGAAAUCGAUAUCGAACUUUAACGACCCAUGAUCAUGCCGAGACCGCACAUAUGGCCUACCUUCCUUUCCCCAAGACUUGGCCAAUGUAUACGUCUAAAGAUAAACUUGGGGAUUGGCUCGAAUGCUAUGCGAACAUCAUGGAGCUCGAUAUAUGGCUUAACGUGAAGGUUUUAGGUGCCGUAUAUGACGAUGUGAAGAGCCAGUGGACUGUAAACAUCGACUCGAAUGGUCUCACGAGGGAGCUCCAUCCACGACAUGUGGUUUGGUGUGCUGGUCACAUAGCUCUACCCAGUGUUCCCCUUUUCUCUGGUAUGAAUCAGUUCCAAGGACAGAUCUACCAUAGCAGUCAGCAUCAGGAUGCUGGUGCCUUGAACUGCCAGGGUAAGAAGGUGAUUGUUGUUGGCACAGGUAACAGUGGGCAUGAUAUCGCACAAGACUUCUAUAACCACGGGGCAGAGGUGACCAUGCUCCAAAGAAGUGGCACCUACGUGAUAACCGAGGCAAGGGGGCUCCCCUUUCUACCAGAAAACUUGGGCAUUGAUUGCGAAGACCAGUAUGUCACCAGCAUAGUUCCUCAUUUCCAACUUGUCGGUGGAAAUGAAUCUAACGCGGCAGAUAGGCCUUCCAUGGAGGACGCAGAUGUUCUAUCAGAGAGCUUACCAUGGCCCGUCAAUUUUGCUCUGGGUGUCUCUCUCACGAAACAGAUCUCCCAAGCUGAUAAAGAAACUCUUGAUGGUUUGGAAAAGGCAGGAUUCAAGUUGGAGUUUGGGACAGGCAAUUCCGGCUUAUUCCAAUUGCUGGUUACUCGCGGUGGUGGAUACUAUAUAGACUUUGGAUGCAGCCAGCUUAUCAUUGACGGCAAGAUCAAGGUCAAGUACUCACCUGGGGGUAUAGCAGAAUUCAACAGGACAGGUCUUUUUUUAAGUGAUGGCACCGAACUUGAGGCCGAGAUUGUGGUUCUCGCCACAGGCUAUGAUAAUAUGAGGGAUUCGGUCCGCACAUUGCUAGGCGACAAAAUUGCAGAUCGUUGCAAGGACGUCUGGGAUUUGGACAGCGAAGGAGAGAUAAACGCUAUAUGGCGUCCUAGCGGUCAUCCUCACUUCUGGUUCAUGGGUGGAAGUUUGUCGCUGUGCCGAAUCUACUCGAAAUUCGUAGCCUUACAACUUCAGGCUACUGAGCAAGGACUGAUAUUCUGA